AUGAUUCGACCGCGGAUUUCGAUACUCCUCCUAGGCUUUCUCCUAAUCACUUCAGCGUGCGCUGUUGACCUGCAAAGAGGGCGACAAGCCCGCUCCAAUACACCAUUUUCCAGUUUCUUCAAGGGCCUCCCAGCUAGGAUCUGGGCCCGAGAUAAAUACCUCGAGGAUUAUAUCAUUGCUCGUCCACAUGGGUUAGCCAAACGACAGGACAGCGUUCCACCAACAUCCAUUAACACGCCCCUUGAUACCCCGGGCAGGGACAGCUCCGUCACCCCAACACCUACACCAUCAACUUCAACAGCCGAUCCCACAACUACUAGCGUGCCACCUCCGGAAACAACCACUCCUCCACCCCCAAGUUCGACAACGACACCACCCCCUCCAGAAACUACCAACUCUCAGAGGCCUCCAGAACCAACUCCAACUCCCCAACCAACCCCCCAACCACCCAGUUCCAUAAACAACCCCAGCCGUGGAUCUAGCUCAAGGUCCACACCACUCACUACCAACAACCCGACCACCACUCCUCCGCGAACCUCAACCACGCUCAUCCCGACCACAAAUUCAGAUGGGUCUCCCAGUACGAUUACAUCGGUCAUCGUUGUCCAGCCUUCACCAACUAAUUCACAAGGAUCCCCAUCGCAAAGACCACCUGGUUUGCAGACAAAUGCGGCACCGAUUGUAACUGUCGAUCUAGAGAAAGGGUUGUUAGCAGUUCUUGGGCUCAGCGGUGCUAUUGCCGUUGUGAUGGCGUUGUGA